CACUUGCCUUUGAACUCCGGAACAGUCAUGUGGUCCUCUUAACCGUCUCCAUCCACAGCUUCGCGAUAUGGGAUCGAUCAUAUGUUUUAUAGGUUGUGUGUAUUAGCUGUGAAGGUUCUGUAUGAUGGUAGAUGCAGGUUUUAGCUUCAUUAGAGAGACUGAGAUACGGUAAUCUCGACGUGUAGGUCGUUGUUUGCGGAAGUGCACCUACGUUUCAAACGACAAACGACAAACAGGCUAACUUAAGGGUAUCAUGAGGGGGUUUAGGUGUCUUAAGCGCUGGAAUUAUCCAUCAUGGUAAAAGAGUUCAAGGUUAAUUUAUUUAGGUUAUAUUAUAGCACUUACGUGUACUUGAAACAUGUUCGGCUUCGCUCGCCUCUCUGCCGAAGGGAAAGUGGGACUAGCCACGGGGGUCGUGUUUUUCUCUAUGCUCAUAUCUAGAACACUGAUAUCGGACCUGGUUGAUAUAGAAACGCGGGCUUUGCUGUUCCGAGUGCAGUUUCUUCUCUUCAUUAAUUCCUUGCUGCUCCUUGGCUCGCUGUAUAUCUGGAAGCGCCUGGUGAGGCGCCUCUGUGGUUCCAGAUCGGCUCCCCGGACGUGGCCUCAGAGAUGUUGGAGCGCGGCUGUGCUGCUGUUCUUGGUCCUCGCUCACUGCAGUUACCUCAGCAUGUUUUACUUGGUGGACACGGAGCCCCACUGGCUUGCUCUGCUGAGCUUCACGUGUUUAGGCGUUUACAUCAUCCUUGUAUUCUUCUUGGUGGCAUUUAGCUGCGUGAGUCGCCUCCGUCGGCUGUGCUCCUCCAGCUCAGACGGCCAGGAUGGGUCAGCGACUGGUCAGACAGUUUUAGCCUUGAUGGUGACCGCACUAUUGACUGUGUAUGGAUUAUUUAAUGCUGCACAGCCACCGCAGGUUGUGGAGGUGGAAGUUCCAGUGGAGAAGCUGCCAGCCUCUAUGGAUGGCCUCAAGAUAGUUCUGCUGUCAGACAUACACCUGGGACCUACAAUUGGGCAGUCCAAACUACAGCUCAUUGUUACCAUGGUGAAUCAGCUGGAACCAGAUGUGGUGGUGAUCGUUGGUGAUUUGACAGACUCUCAGGUGAGCCGGUUGAGGACUGCUGCAGAACCUUUGGGGCUCAUCCAAGCUCGGCUAGGCUCCUACUUUGCUACAGGUAAUCAUGACUACUACACUGCUGAUGUAGAGAGCUGGUUUGAGUUCUUAAGCUCAAAGGGAAUCAAACCACUUCACAACAGCCACGCUCAAGUGUUCCGCCCUGGUCAAAGCCAAGAUUGGAUCUGUCUUGCUGGCAUUGAUGAUCUAGAGGCUAGCAUGCUACGGUAUCCUGGUCAUGGGAUGGACAUCGAGAAGGCUCUGAGUGGUUGCAGUAAAGAUAAUCCCAUUGUUCUUUUGGCUCAUCAGCCUCAUGCUGCUAAAAAGGCCCUCCAGCAAAGGCCAGAUAUCAACUUAGUACUGUCAGGUCACACCCAUGCUGGCCAGCUGUUCCCCCUCACUCUCUUGGCAUUCCUGGUGAACCCGUAUUUCUGUGGACUCUACCGUGUUUCUGAACACACUAUGGUCUACGUUACCCCAGGAACUGGCUAUUAUGGCAUUCCAAUGAGAAUCGGGAGCCGUGCAGAGAUCACUGAGAUCAUACUAAGACCUGUCUGACCUUGUCUGCCAGACACACACAUGCAUGCUUGAAUUGGACCACUAUGUGCCAGCAAUUUAAUUAAGACUGAUGGAGUACCAGCACUUUUUGGAGUAUACCAGGAUGUCUGAUUUCCCACACUGUGAGCUCCACCACAAAAUUGUAAUGUGCCUAAAUAGCCAUCAGAGUCAUAGGCGUUAUUCUGCAGUGUAGGGUGAGCAUGAUCAUUCGUCCUCUAUACCACUGCUGAUAUAGACUUGCACCCACACUGCUUUUCCCACAUUAUGAAAUGAGGCCAGGUGCCAUAAUUUCCAUUUUGUUCUUUGCAGUUAUGCAUUUUAGAAGAACAAAAGGGAGAAAUUACUUCUGGUCAAAAAGAUCACAGGAGCUUUUUUAAUACAUCUUUUAAUUUGUUGUCAUUGAUUAAUUUUGCUAUAGCAAAAUAACUUUGAGUCAGCACUAGUAGGAGAGUAUAAUAUUUGGUCCUUUCACUGAGACAGUACUAACUGAAUAACUAGCUUCCUAAACCAGUGUCAAACAGUAGAUCUCAUGUGAGUUAGAUUUUGGGUUAAUUUAUCUCCACCACACCAUACCUUAAUUUCUGUACUGAAGUAGUUCUUUCUGGACAGAAUUAAGAUUAUAUAUGUGGCUUAAAGAAACUGAUGUUUACACUGAUUCAGCUGCAUCUCCAGUGCGUCUCAAACCAUCUCCGUAAUUUACCAUGCUACCAAUAUGUUUUCACUGCAUUAACACUAGGCCUUUUUGUGAUCGGACAGCUGUACAAUCAGUAUUCUAUCAGCCUGAGACACAAAGGGGCUAAGUAUAAACAGGCUCAAACUGUCUUGCAUCUAUACUAUCCAUGCCAACAACCCUGAUAACCGUACUAGAAAGUAGGAACAGGCUUGUAUAAAAAAUUCCCAGUAGCUGGAAAAUUCAAAUGCACUGUUUUUCUUAGGCCAGUUCAAAUGUAAAACCAGUGCAGAUCUUUUUCCAUCAGUCUUUUUUUUCCCCAUUUCUCUUUUAGUAAAACUAAUGCAAAUAACUUUUCAGUACAUACAUGUCUGCAUUUCUCCAUGGGUUGCUACAUGACAAUCUUACUGAAGCCAUAGACUGUUUUAUUUUUUAAUGUUGAGAAAAGUAUCAUAAUUGUUCCAUGGAUUUUAAGCACUUUGAUGUGAACUGUUGUAUUCUGAGUGGCUGUUCUUUUGUAAGAAACUCAUUUGUGAGUGAUCAGUUCUGUCUAACAAAUUAUCUCUAAGUAGCAGUGCAACUGUUAAAUAAUAUUAAACUUGAAUUCUGAAGUUUGCCUUAGGGUUGUAACAGUGGUGAUCAUUCAGUUUAUGUUCUGCAUUAAACAGUUACUUACAA